AUGAGCGGUGACUUCUUCCCUCACCUGAACGCCGUGUUGUUGAGUGGAUUGCAAGCACUCAAAGUUGGCGGCGAUGCCAGGGAUUCAUUACGAUUGUCUGCCAUUUUAUUGAACGAGGGCCUAUCUUUGGCGGCGAUCGAGCAGCAGGAGAAAGAUGUGGCCAGGCUUGCGACUGCUUCAGCGCUUCGGGUCAUCUUCGAGCAGUCCGUGGCCCACCAGAAGCUGGCCAACAUCUAUGACGAGUACGCCAAAGUGUUGUCCAGCAUCCUGAUCGAAAAAGAGCGACCCAUUUUCGAAUGGAAGCAUAUGAAGCCAUUUUUCGCGGCCGUUCUAUACAUGUUGGACCUCAACGAUGUGCGAAUGGAGCUUCUUUUUGGUCCUCUGAAGGAAUUGAUGGCUUAUUGUCACGCCAACGAUAUUUUAAGAAAAGAGCUCUACUCGGAUGCUUUUUUGCCGGCCAUCGGGAAACUCGUGUCGUCGCUGCUCUCUAUGAUCUCGUCUGAUCGACUGAGUAAUUCAUCGAGGAUCGAUGCUUUAUUGUUACUACAGCGAGUAUUGGCGGAAUCUCCCGUUGAGACCGUCGCAAUGUUUUUGCCCGGCACAUUGAUGAAGUUGACCGAGCUGAUGCGCCUAUCGAGUCUGGCGGCAGGAAUUUUGUGUAACUGUACCAGAGCGUAUUCACUGACAAUCACUAGAGCGUUGAGCAACAAAGAAUGGGAAACUGUGGCUGGUGACGAUGAGGCUGUGGCGAGCGCAAGCUCCGCUUCGGUAUCAAAGCCGAACGCUAAGGAAGUGAAGGAUUUGCAAGUCAAACGAGACAAGAAAUGGUUUACGGAGACCGCGGAGAAAGUUAGAACUUUGAUAUGCCUUUCCUGCCCAGUACUUGCCAGCCAUGAAUCGGAACUAGUGCGAGGCGAAUUAUUGACGUUCCUUGAUGAGUUGAGACAUGCUGAGAAGCCAUUUGGUGACUCUCUGCUUCGGCUACACGUGGAUAUCGGCUCGAUUUUGUUGUCUGAUUCGUCAACUAGCGUUCAAAAUCAAGCGCGCGGCUUCCUUGACAGCGUCCAAGCGCGUCACGAAAUUGCCUAUUCUGCAUAUGUGUAUGAGCUCCUCAAAAAGAUCCAAUGCGAACUCACUGCGGCUUCUAACGGCGAGGAAAAUGGCGCAAGUCCGGGAGCGCCCGAUGCCAAUUUUAUGGUUAACCCGAGGCUUUUAGACCAGGUGCUGUCGCUUAUUCGCAUCCUACCCGACCUCCGCGUCCUUUGCUUUUCCGGCGCCUUUCGUGGCUUCCUGCAAGCGAUUUUCUCGCUGAUUGCUGUCGAUACUGCGCGUCUGCCUGUCGUGUCAUGCGAGAUUGACAAUUUGCAAGGUAUGGUCGAAUAUUUAUUAAAAAUACCCUUUAUUCCCUUAAAUACGGCC